UGUAGGAUUGGACCAACACACUUCGAGAUGUAUCUUUAUAAGUUCUAACUAUGAGAGCUAAUUAACCGCACUAUUGAAACUAUUAUUUCACUAUCAUUAAUUAUUACAUUUUGCUUUUAAUAUAUAGUUUCUAUAGACACCAAAGCCAAACAAAUAAGCCCAAAAGUAAAAACCGUACCAAAGACACCAGGCACCCAUAUAUACAUGAUAGAUUGACUCCAUAUGUCUCAUGCACACAUCUCUCCCUCUCUUUCCUUCCCUCUCUCUCUCUCACUCUCCCAAGACAAUAAUGCCAAACGCGGGAUCUGAGCGGGCAGCUUCACUCUCACUGAAAAAGCAAGACACCGCCACCUUCUCCGGUAAGCUACCGUCGACCAAACAACGUUUUUCGUCGGUAUCAGCUGCUUGUCCUUCCUUUAGAAUCUACUACUACGACGGAGCCGCCGGUGCCGUCCCUUUCGAAUGGGAAUCUCAUCCAGGCACACCCAAACACCCCUCCUCUGAGCUACCUACUCUGCCACCUCUCACUCCUCCGCCGUCUCAUUUCUCUUUCUCCGGCGACCAAAUCCGCCGCCGUUCCAAAAAGUCCACCAAGAAAAUCCUCGCACUAAUCCCGACAAGGCUCUUCUGGCUAUCGGGCGAUCACAAUGGUAAGGCUAAGAAACUGUCGGCUUCAUCACCACCAUCUCUGUCGGAGAGAGUGUUGAUCGACGAAAAUGAGUACGAUCUGUUCAAGUUUCAAACAGAAAGGAAUGUCAUGCGAAGAUUUUCAUCCUUCGACUCUUCUGCUGACUACCCAAUUCAGAGAUCACAAUCCACUUCCUGCUUCGGAAUCCGCAGAUGUUUCCUCUGCUAAUUCCGCUGCAAAAUUUGGAAAAUAAAACGUUGAAAUUUUAUAAAAUGUUUUUCAUAUAUUAGUUUAUUUUGUGUUCCAUCGUCUUAUUAUUAUAAUAUUUAAUCAGUUUGUGUCGGUAAUGCAACUCCGAAUCAUAUAAUACGUUUACCUUUUUGUUAAAUAAGAGCAAUGAACAGUUACAAGAGUUACGUAAAUUGAUCAGAAGAUUAUUAUAGUAACUGUCGCAUUCACUUUGGUUUAAAGUGCAUGACUAAAACUUUGAUAAUUUAAGUAUAGCUUUUGGCAAGUGUGUCUUUUUGUAUAUGGAUGGUUCCGUGUAAAAAUGUAACUGUGAGUUUGAACAAGCCUUCUUUGGUGUUAAUUUAGCUGUCUUCCAAGCA